AUGGCAUUGCCCAAGUCCCGCUCCAACACACGCAUCAGUGUUCUCACCGGGACGCAGAAGAAGUCUCCGGCGAAGGUAGGAGGAGGGAGCAGCAGCAAUGAAUCCACGAGGCUGUACCACCUCGCGUCGGCCGGCACCGGUGGCGCGCCUGGCGGGAGACGAAGAACGCUCGGCCGGAACGUUCCCCUCGGGGGCGGAGCAGGGGGAGGGGGCGGCUACGGCACCUACCAGCCCUUGCGACCUCUCUCGAACCCGGUGGAGGAUUGCCUUCGCGCCGGAGCCGCGGGGCUGGGGUGGUGCCUCCUGUCCUGGUUCACAGGCGUUGUGCUCCUGGUGCUCGAGUACGCGAAGAGGUGGGGUGCUCACAGAGGGACCGCUGAGCCGGAGUACGACGAAUCCCCCCAGUGGCUCGUGUUCUCGCCCUUCUGGGUCGGGGACGGGCUGGCUCUGCUCGUGCUCGUGCGAGUCAUGGCCAAGGUCACCAACAUUAGGUUUGUGACUCCCGCGCGCAGCAGAGGCGCAAGGCGCGGCGACGCGCGCUCUCGCUCGACGGGGAGCCUCAAUGAUCUGUCGGGCCACGGAAGCAACGCUGGCGGCGGCGGCGGCAGCCGACUCGCGUGCGCGCCGAUAACUCUGGACUACUUUCCGCUGCUACAGAGAGUCAUCGCCACCUCGGUCGGAGCGUUCCUCGUACUGGUCGUCUUCACGACGCAGCAGGUGCUGAUCUGCCUGCGGUGGGGAAGGGAGGCGGACGCACCGGGCGUGCCGCGACCGCUGGUGGUCGCGGCGCCGCUGCUGUUGGUCGAAGCGUUUUUCUUGUUGAGGGUGGUGCUCAUCCGCACGUACGGGUGGCUGUCCGGACUAACCUGGCUGCUACUGUUUUCGUUGACGAUAUUGGUGGCCCUACGAAGCGGCGCCAACUCUGGCGACGACGCCGACGGUGCGUCCGGCGGGCUGCAAUCGUACCCGUGGCUCGAGUGCCUGGCGCCGCUGUGGGUCGUGGACCUCCUGUACGCCGGGGUGGCGGGCUACGUGGCGGCCAACACGAUGGCGGGGAGGUUCGUGAUGGCGCCGACGCAGGGGCUGUGCUUCGCCCUCCUGCUGGCCGCGCUGGCGGGGUCGACGGUGGCGGAGAUGCUCUUGACGGGAGACCACAGGCUGCACAAGCUGUCCGACAAGGUGCCUCGGUUGGAGUACCUUCGGCUGGACAUGCCCCUUCUGCUCGCCGUUGCGUCCCUCAUGGCGUUCUGCCUCGCUGUGUUCCUGUCUGUGGAGCACUCGGUGUCGAUGCUCAUCAACACGCACGGCUACGACGACCCCCUUCCUCUCUGCGAGACUCCCAGCGGGUGGGAGUGGUCCGGGGCGGGGAAGGCUUCGUGGGGGUUGUUAGGAGACGUCUCUGUGAGAGCCGAGAAGAAAGUGGGGCUACCGGCAGGGUUUUCGGGAUCUGGCUGGCUGGAGGACGGCGGCGCAUCAUCACGGGGGGGCGGCGGGACAAGGACCAGUAGCAGCGUCGUCGGCGGGAGGAUCGGAAGGGACGGGGGAGGAGUGGCAUCGUUGCGGGCGGAGGUUCUUCCGGAGGGCGGAGUGUCUCCGUGCAUCAUCAAGACGUUCAAACGCGACGAGAAGCACAACAAGUGGGGGAAGGGUGGGCUGCGACUCCUGGGUGCGUGGCCCGAUCAAGACCCGAAGCUUUCCCGUGCGGACUGCUCAUCUCUCUUUUUUCUCUCCCUCUCACCAAAUUGCGAGAAACACGAGCAGAUUCUACAGACUAUGUCGCUGUAG